GUCGACGUGGGGGUGAUGGCGCGAGAGCUACAGCAACGUUACCGGGAUUAUCAUCGUCGAAAAACGAUACCCUUUCGUAUGCAUGUCGAGCAAGCGUAUCGUACUGUAUUGCACAGCUACGGUCUUGAUAGCAAUGCAUCGUCCGAUCCCGAUGAAGAAGGUGCCUCGGAAGUUGAAGUACUCGACGAGGCCGGAGCAAACACGCGAAAUCAAAUGAGCAACACUCUGACAAACAUGUACAUGAAUAACCGCGCGCAACCAUCUUCGACACAGGGUAGCGCUGCUGACCAGAACAUGGCGGGGCCCGGUGCUGAUGGAGAAGCCAUCGACAUUAGCAGUGACGAGGAAGAUGAACCUGCCGGUACAAUCGAUGAUCGUUUGGGAGGUGAUAAUUCAAACUAUAUUCAAAAAUUUGUUGCAGGAAACAAACACGUAACCGUCACAAAGCUGAUGCGUAUUAAUAAACACCGCGAGGAGGAGUCUAGCAAUGCGAGCAAUGAAAGCGGCACAGGGAAUGCCGCAGACAGGUUGCCACCGGUUACCAAGCGUCGUCGAGUGGAGCCCACUAAAACGGCCAUGACACUGUCCUUGGUCAAUGGUAAGCUUCCUAGCAAGAGUUCAAAAUUGCUCAAAUCAGAUCAAAUGAAUAGAAACGCGACAAAUGGUGGUUCAUCGGCGACACCGGCUUCAGCGUCGGCAGCUGGUCAGCGGCUGAAAAAGUAUCGCAAGGAAGUCGUCUCCCGAAUGGUUAGCACAACGUUCGAUGAUAUUGGCGGAAUGGAUCGUAUACUGAAGAAUUUAUGCGAAUUGCUGAUGCACGUGAAACACCCAGAAAUCUAUCAGCACAUAGGUUUGCCACCACCGAGAGGAUUUCUACUGCACGGGCCUCCUGGUUCGGGAAAGUCGCUUCUCGCCGAGGCAAUAGCUGGCCAACUGGGUGUAGAUUUUAUUGAGGUCCCGGCUACCGAGCUCGUGGCUGGCGUUUCGGGCGAAUCCGAAGAAAGAAUACGGGACAUAUUUGAGCAGGCGGUUGCACUGUCUCCGUGCGUGUUGUUUAUUGACGAAAUCGAUGCUAUCUCUUCGAACCGCAUAAAUGCGCAGAAGGACAUGGAGCGACGUAUAGUAGCUCAAUUGUUAAGCAGCCUGGAUAUGCUGGGUAAGCACAACGGUAUUGAGGGAGUAAUUGUUAUCGGUGCCACCAACCGGGCAGACGUUCUCGAUCCGGCCCUACGGAGGAUUGGCCGGUUCGAUCAGGAAAUUUCACUCGGCAUUCCGGACCGAGCAGCACGCUCACAAAUACUGCGUAUAAUUUGCCGAAAACUGAAGAUUAGCGAGUCGAUUGAUUUUGCUGAGCUUGCCAAACUGACGCCUGGUUAUGUAGGAGCGGAUCUAUUGGCUUUGGCCACCCGUGCUGCCAAUACAGCGGUUAAACGGCUUUUGACGAAGCAUGAAACAAAGUUCCUGGCUAAGGAAACAAUGGAUAGUGCCAACGUAACGAACGUUGCCGUCGUUGCCAGUUCAGACGACGUUGUAGCAAUUGACGACGAACCAGACGAAGUGGUGAACUUGGAUGACGAAAAGGAAGAACAGAAGGGAGAAAGCAAACUAACUCCAAUGGAGGAGUCUGAAAAAGGUGAUGAGAAGACUACCGAAGAAACAGGUAACGAGUCAAAAAGCGAAACGCCAAAGGACCCACAAGCGAACGAAAUAGAAGCCAUUUCGGCAGAAGCUGAUUCGGUGGAACCAAAAGUCACGGAUCAGGCAAAAAGCACAGAUGAUGAUAAAAUGGAUGUUGAUGUUGUGUUACCAGCAGUAGAAAAGCAAGUCAUUAAGGAAGCUACCAACAAGGAUGCCGAUGCUGAAAACGAUCAGCCGAUGACGGACGUGAAAAGCGACAAUCAAACCACAUCUAGCGCAAACACAGCCGCCGAUUCUUCGACGUUCGAAACUGGGAUCAAUGUGGAGAGGAAAGUGAAACAGUUGCCUCCACAAGAACUGACUCUAGAACAGAUGCUUAAUCUGCUGCUAAAUCAGCAGAAUCCACUGCCAUCAGCAGAAUUGGAAGGUUUGUGCAUCGAACGGGAAGACUUCAUGGAAUCGCUGCGAACCGUGCAACCGUCGGCGAAACGUGAAGGAUUUAUUACUGUGCCGGACGUGACAUGGAACGAUAUCGGCUCGCUGGGUGACAUCCGGGAGGAGCUAAAGUUGGCCAUUCUCGCGCCGGUUAAAUUCCCACAGCGCUUGAAACUUCUCGGUCUGAAUGCACCGUCCGGUGUGCUGCUAUGCGGGCCACCUGGUUGCGGUAAAACACUUCUUGCCAAAGCCGUCGCGAACGAAGCCGGUAUUAACUUUAUUUCCGUGAAGGGACCUGAGCUGCUGAACAUGUACGUCGGCGAAUCGGAACGAGCCGUUCGGCAGUGCUUCCAGCGGGCUCGAAAUUCCGCUCCAUGUGUGAUUUUCUUCGACGAGUUCGAUUCUCUAUGUCCGAAGCGGUCAGACACGGCAGAAGGCAGCGCGGGUACGCGAGUCGUUAACCAGCUGCUAACGGAAAUGGAUGGUAUCGAGGAACGUAAGGGCGUGUUCUUGAUGGCCGCUACCAACCGACCCGACAUUGUCGAUCCCGCCGUCUUACGACCAGGCCGUUUGGAUAAGAUCUUGUACGUGGGCCUACCGGCGAAGGAUGAUCGUGUAGAUAUAUUGCGCGCACUGACAAAGAACCGCACUCAGCCCCCACUAGCGGACGAUGUGGAAUUUGUCCGAGUGGCUGAACUGACAGACGGUUACACCGGUGCCGAUUUGGCCGGACUUGUACGGCAGGCGUCGCUGCAAACGCUUAAGGAUUCGAUUGUGGCCUGCGGUGAUGAGGAGCAUGUGGGCGAAAACGCCGCUCAGAGCAACAACGAUAAGCUGUGUCUGACGGUCCGAAUGGCACACUUCCUGGAGGCGAUACGGAACAUCAAACCAUCCGUAAACACAGAGGACAAAAAACAUUACGAAAAGUUGCGCGUAAAGUAUGGUGUGAACGGUUCUUAAAUCGUUCCAGCUCAACUUCUCGGCCAUCGAGCUUGAUACUUCAAAAAGGCGAUUACAAAAUGAAUCUUUCUUUUUUACAUCAUUUUUUUUAUCUUACGAAAGGUUUCCACGGGAUAUGUACACGUGGUAGAAUGUUAGUUAUGAUUUAGACAUCGUGUUUAAAUCAAUGUAUUAAUCAAUGCGGUUCAAAAUAUCGUUCCAUUACACGCAGAUGAGUUGAACAUCCAAACCCCGAUCGCAAGCACACAAGUUUUCCCGACACGCUUAGGAAAAUGACUUUGGAAUAGCUCAGCAUUAUUGUUUGGGGACGUACCGAUUUGAACCCCUUCCGGAAUGAGUCGACAAUCGGACCGCCAAUGUAAAACAAAUUGUCAUAUUUUGCAUGUGCCGAUCGCGUGUUAAAGUGUCCCAAUAAAAUAAA